UAAAUAGUGACCUAAUGGUACCUAACAAGAGAUCUGAGUGUAGUUGGAGGAAUACGGUGGUGGUCGAAUUUCAUAGAAACUGCAUUCUUAUAUUCUGUCCGCUAUUUUAGAGAAAACUGAUAAUUUUCAUUUCACUGAAGUAUUCAAAAGAAAAAAAAAUCUUAAUGUUACCUUAUCCUUACCUACCUAUACAAAAGAUUUGUAAAAAACAUAUCCACCAAUGGCUAUCUGUACUUCCACGCUCAUUUUUCUUUAAAAUGGCAAUGUGCAGUCGGAAGGUGGAGGGGCGAAGGUCCCAUGCUCUAAUUCAUGCCUUUUUUUCUCUUUUCUCCUUCCGUUCCCUUGUCUUGUUUCCACUUAUUACCCUUUCCCCUCUGGUUGUCCAAAUGGUGCAGAAAUGACAUUUACUUUCUGCCUAAAUGUGUAAAAAUGUCUUCAUAGUGUGUAGGGAAUGUAAGAAGUCAGGGAUAUCAAAAUUAGAAAUAGGGAAGAAUCUAUUUAGAUGUGUCAAAAAAUUGUGGAUGUGGUAGUGAAAUCAUGUUUUCAGUCUUUUCUUUUUGGUUGGCCCUUGUGUUCCCACUGGUUUUACUCUAUUUUGAAGCUUAUGUCAGGAUCAUGGUAACCUUAUUGAACGAUGUCUUCUGUCCUGCAGUUAAUGGCCCUCCUAUUAUUGAGGCAUGCUUUUGAAAAUGUUGAAGGUGAUGCUGAUGAUGAUGACGUUACCACCUUUUUCUCUCUUUUUUUGCUCCGGGCUGCUGGUUUUCUUCUACCUUGCUUCAUCAUGGCUUGGGGUAUCAGUAUAUUGCAGCGUCGUAGGCAAAGACAGCAGGAGGCAGCAGCAUUAGCAGCAGCUGAAGUUGCUUUUUUACUGCAGGCAGGGCAACAAAGAGGCUUGCAUGUCACAAUAGCACCAAGACCUGCUCCUGCAUCCGAGCCUUCAGCAGCACCCCAUCAGGCAACAACUCAUGUGUCAAUGCCAACCAGGCAGGCAGAAGCUCCUCGUCCUGAGAUAGUAUAAAAGGCUUAGCUUUGCGCUAAAUUGUCUGAGACGCCAUCUCUAUACAAAAGUAUUACAUUCGCUUUGUUACCUUGCUAAAAGAUAGUUACUGAUGAUCGAGUGUUUUUACUGUUUGUUGGAUUAGAUGGGGUUGAGGAAAAAUAUUUCCUUUUCAAAUUUGCCAGCUUGCAAUUUCAAAUUUGGAGAGAAGGCCGAAGCUCAAACUUCUUCCUUUCCUUCACUGUGA